AUGAUAUCAUUGGAAAAGAUGAAGGUUCAUAUGAAAAGGAAACGGAAAAUGGUAGUGACAAUAAAAAUAAACAACAUUCCAGAGGAUCUCGAUCAGACAAUCGAUCUCGCCGACGCUCCUCACGGUCUCGAUCACCAUAUCAUCGUGAUCGCAGUAGGAGAAGUCGAUCACUUUCCCAUGACCGUGGAAGAUAUAAUAGGUCGAGAUCCCGGAGUCGAUCACGUUCAACUUCCAGAAAUCGUAGGAAACGAUCCAUCUACAAAAGCAGGUCAAUAUCAAGGUCUAGAUCUCGUGAACGUAGGCGUUGAAAAAUUCAAAAAAAAUUUUCGAAACCGAUUUACCAUUCGAUUCCUAUAUAUUGGACCGAGUAACUUUCGUGGAAACUAA